AUGCCUAUUAGAACAUUAGAGCCAUACCUUUUUGACAUUAAAACCGUUAAUAAUUGUCCAUUGGAUGUUCUUCAGAAUGCGGUUAUUGGAAUAGAUGUGGAGCACUAUCUUUCGAGACUUUUCACGCCAAAGAAGGAACCAAACCUCGAAGCUAUUGGUGGGUUUCCCAUGACUCUCAAAGCUUUGGUUGAAUCAGACUUUGGUUAUUUUAAGGAGCUUAAUAUCAAGCCAAUAUUUGUUUUCUCUGGUUUGAAGACAACAAUACAGUAUAAUUACUUAGAACAGGGUGAUCUUUUGGCCGUCGAAACAACUUUCAAACGCGUUUGGGACGACAAGACUUCUAAAAAUUAUCACAUUGAAAGCUUUCGGAAUUCGGAUUCACCACUUCAAAUGAGGCCUGUUAUGAAUCAAUUAAUGGAAUUUUUGGAUUCCAAAAACGUUGAAUAUAUUGUUAGUCCAUACAGCGCUGCUUCGCAAUUGCAAUAUAUGCAAAGUGAGCAUAUUAUUGAUUGCAUUUUUGGUUCAACCGAUAGUCUAUUGUUACAGACAACAGAGAAGAUUAUUUUUAGUAUUGAAUUUGAAGCGAAGCAAUUCAAGUACUUGGAUCGCAACAACGUUUUCAGCAAUAUGAACUUGUCUGCUAAACAAUUUCAGGACAUUUCAAUGUGUGUGGGCAAUACUUUUCAGCCAUUUGUUCUUGAAAUAUUACCCCAGAUGCCAACGCAAAGCACAUUUGCUUCAUUACAUCAUUUUGUACUAAAUGGAGGUUCUGUUUACAAUAGCAUUCUUGCGUUAGGCGAAAACAGCGAAGAACUCGAAAGAUACAUGAAAGGUUGCGCUUCCAUUAGGUACAUGCCAAUUUUAAAAACAAAUGGAAGGGUCGAACCUCCGCAAUAUACAUCCAAGGCCUCAUUUCUGUCACAUUUCACGCCAGCAUCUCCUAUAUCUGGAUUUGGGCAGAAGAAGAUUGAAGAGAGUUCGAGUGAAAAGCUUCCCGAGGACAUACAUGCUUUAUUUGGUGAGAGACUUCCCGAUGAACUAUUCUUCUAUCAGUCUAUCGGUAUUACCGCUUUUCAACUUUUUGAAACACUAAUUCACAGCAAUGCGGUUGAAAGGCUUCCUUUAGAUAUGUCACCUUCUAAGCUUUAUAAAAAGGUGGUCACCAGUGAUGAAACGGUAACUUUAUGGAGUGAGGACAUCAACAUUGUAGCAAAUCCAAUAAACAGAUAUUUUCAGUAUAAGAAGCUGAAACUCACGACUUAUUUUGAUGGUGCCAAAUAUUACCAGAUAGAUCAAAAGAUCAUGCCACCUCUGGUUUCUGUCUUGGGCCCAUUACUCAUCAGACAUGCUACUGCGAAAUCCUUUGAUCUUGUUUCUUUGCUUUCAAUACUGGACAAUAACUUCUUGAUGGAGAAUACUGUUAAUCCGAGGGAUAAUAUCAAAAUAUCUACGAACUUUGAAUUAAUUUCUACGUCCUUUGUUAGAGCACUAGUUCAACUUGGUUUCAUUGAAAGAAAAAAGUUUGCUUUAACUUCUUGGGGUGAGGCAUUAGAGUUUGUUGCACAUUCUUUUCAUCCAAAAUAUUUACUGCUAGUUUUGCUGUUCUUCAAGGAAUUUCCGGAUUUGGAACCAUCGGAUGUUUUAAAUCCAAGUGACUUCAGGUCUACAGGAAAGGAGGAUACGGAAAAUGCAAUAUUAAUCUCUAAGUUCUUGUCUUUACUUGAAUUAAAUGAGAUUAAUCCAGUGAACUAUGUUUAUCGGGUUUCAAGACCAUUGCUGCAGUUUAGGUCAGUUGCAAGUAAAGUUGCAUCGUUGACGAACAUGACUAUUACCUCCAACUUACUUUCAUUGCUUUUGCUAAAUCAUGUUGAUCUUGAUAAAUAUCAAAGGAACAACUCUGACUGGAGAAAGUUGGCAUUGGAAAUUCCUUUUAGAAAUUCACUUCCAAGUGUUUUAUUGGGAAUAAUUGCGGAGCAGUUCUUUGAAGGAUACUUGGACAGCGGGAACAUUAAGGAGAGUUUUAAAUUCUUAAAGGAAUCGUAUGAAAUGAUUAUUCCACAUCCCAAUUUAGAGUUAAUUGAGGGUUUAAAAGCAUUUAAGGAAGUGGCAAACUUAGUUAGUCUACUUGGUGAAAAGGGACUUCUCAAAAACGAAAGCCUGGUUUCAUUGUUUGCAUCAUCCGAGAAACUUGUCAACAAUAUUUUAGAAAUCAGCUAA